UUUCAAAAACCUCCUUAAUCGAAACUCACACAUAUUCCCUCCCCAAGUUUCACUCUGUUUUAAACUGUUGACUUUCGGCAUACCACAAGCUUAUUUUAUAUUCGUAAAAAUACAGUCAACAUGAAUUAUCUGAUUCAGCGCGGAAAGAUGCGCCAGCAGGCGAUCAGCGUUCCGGAAGGUCUACCGGAGCUCCUGUCGGACAUAACGCGCGAGGUGCUGCGUUGCCAGCCGACGAAGGAGUGCCUCUGCCAGUUCAUCAUCGACUAUCUACACUCGGUGAUCGUGACCAGGGAGAAGGCCUUGGUGGCCAAGACCAUUUUGGACAGGUCUCUGCGCCAGGUGGACAGCAUCAUCGCGGACCUGUGCAUCUGCGAUUUGUCCAGGGAGAAGUCCGAGCUGAUGGGACAGGUUCUCGAGGAGUGCUUUACCAAUUUCCUCGAGAAGCGGCGCUGCGAUAUGCGGCGCGGCAAGCAGAUGAUUAACUUCGAGGAUGUCGACAUGCUGGAGGAGCUGCUGGCCAAGUGCCAGUUCACCGAAGAGGAGCUCAACAUGUCGCGGCCCGCCAUUGACACUGCCUACAAACGCUUCGUGGACGCCUACAUGUCCGCGCAGCGCGGCACCGAUGGCACCGAGGUGCUCUACCAGUACUUCCGCGACCGGGAGCUAAAGCGCCUUGAGACGGCUCAGCGCAACAAGGCGGCCAUUACCAUUCAGGCGGCUUGGCGCGGAUAUUGGGUGCGCUCACAGUUCCCGAAGGAAAUUUGCGUGUGCACCUGUGCAACGGAUAACGUCGACGACGAGGAGGAGCGACGCAGGAAUGCAGCGGCCCUUGUUCUUCAACGCUUCUUCCGUCACGUGAUGCUACGUGCCGGCACCAAGCCGAUUACAGAUCCAUGUGCAGAUAGUUCCCACUCGCUCGAUAAAUCCAUAUCCUCGGCUGAAAAUCCAGUGGAUGCAGUAGAUGCGAAGAGUGCAGAGGCAACGGUACCCGACACCGCAGCCGCAACAGCUGCUGAAACUGCAGAGGGAACAAGAGCGGCAAGUGCCACGGCAACUGCUCAAGCUUCGGCCGCCCGCUUGGAAACAGCAGCCCCUGCUUUUCCAGAGGAGAUUCAAGCAGAGCCGCCGCCACAGGAAGCACCAGAGGCAGAAGCGCCUCCGGCAGAAGUAGUUGUGGAAGCACAACCCCCAGAAGAGACUCCCCCGCCGGCCGAGGAGGCACCGCCUGCUGUCACCGAGGAGGCACCACCUGCUGCCGUUGAGGAGGCACCGGCACCUCCCGCUGUUGCCGAGGAGGCACCACCAGCAGCCGCCGAAGAGGCAGCGGCACCGCCAGCCGAAGAGGCUCCUCCAGCGGAGGAGGCACCACCGCCGGCCGAAGAAGCGCCCGCCGAAGCAGCAGCCGAGUAAUGGAGGCAGCACGAUUUUAUUUGUUUCAAUUCUGUGUUAAAUUUUUGUGUUCUGCAAGUAUAUAAAUUGAUCUAGGACUCUA